AUGGUGGUUGUGUUAUUGAGUAACAUACCCUGAUGGUUGCUUGAGUGAUGAUCUCGAUGCCUUUGUUUCAUAUGACUGCCUCUAACAUCUGAACGAAAGCAGUCCAUACAUUUCUCACAAAUCUGCAUGAGACCAUGAGACUUUGCUGUAAGGUGAGGCUGCACGGUCAGCCAGGAGCCGCCUCCGGGAAGCACAGGGAACAAGGAAGUGAAUAUGUUUAGGUUGAAUCCAUCACACGAUUAAAAUAAAAAUCUUAAUACGUCGGCCUCGAUUGUCAUUAACAGAUUGCACAUCUUCAAAAUGCUAAAUGGCGCACACAAUAGGUGUUUUCUGGUAGAAAGGUGCACGGCACUAUUACUCUGAGCGCUGUAUGCCUGUCCGGGUAAGGAAAAGAAACAAGAAAUCACGCUUUAAAUAAUGUUUAAGUAAUGUUUUAAACUUAAUUGCUAAUAGUUUCAGUCCUCGGUGUUUUUAAUAGAAAGAUAUUACGGAUCGGACAAACAUCAAUGUACAUUUCUUUAUGGGAAGAAGUGUUUUCUAAACGUAACGCAUAUGUUCCGCUGCAGUUAGACUAUCCACCCCCCAUUUUACUCAACUGCGUCUUCUUCAACGACUCGUAAAGGGCUCCAAGUCUGUAAGGAAGCACCCCAGAAACACAUGCGUCCCGAAAACCAUCAGCUAGACAUCAAGCUUUAUAGCGGCAUCGCUGGUAAUAAUAAUGCCGUGAGCGAGUUUAUUCAUCAGUGUGUAAAACCAAGUGAAGGAGUAGCAGCAUGGUGCAUCUAAUCCUUAUCUUCCUGUGGAUUGCGGCGCCCAUCUCAGGGUGGUACAAACCUAACGCCUCACCCUCUUUGGCCAGUAUCCCUUUCCUCACUGUCUGGAAUGCCCCAACAGAGCCUUGUAAGUCCAAGUAUGGUGUGGACCUGGACCUGGGCAUAUUUGACAUUGCAGUGAAUGAGAACCAAACCUUCAUGGGUGGAAACAUCACCAUUUUCUAUGAGAGCAAGCUAGGGCUGUACCCAUACUACAAUGACCAGGGCGUAGCCAUCAAUGGCGGUGUGCCCCAGAAUGCUAGCUUGCAACUCCACUUGCAAGCUGCCUGGGCCAACAUCCUGACUGACAUCCCCCAGCCUGACUUUUCUGGGUUGGCUGUGGUGGACUGGGAGAGCUGGAGGCCCCUGUGGUCUCGAAACUGGGACUCGAAGAGCAUAUACUGGGCGGGCUCCAGGUUACUGGUGAGGGCCCGGCAUCCAGACUGGAGCCCAGAGCAAGUGGAGGUUGAGGCCCAGAGGGAGUUUGAGGAAGCUGCGCGGGCAUUUAUGGAUGGCACCCUGAAACUAGGCCGUAGCCUUCGGCCUGGGGGGCUCUGGGGUUUCUAUGGGUUUCCAGGCUGCUACAACAAUCAAUAUAAGAAUGCCACCGCCAACUACACAGGGGUCUGCCCCCAACAGGAAGUGCAGAGGAACGACCAGCUGAACUGGUUGUGGAAUAUCAGCUCUGCCCUCUACCCUGACAUCUACUUGGAGCUGUCGCUGCAGGGCCGGGGGGAGGUCAUCCUGCGCUACACCCGCUACCGCGUGCUGGAAGCCCUGAGAGUCGCGAGUCAGGUUUCAGCAGCAGCUCCGCCAGUGCUGCCCUAUGCACGCAUCGCCUAUACCUACUCCCUCAACUUCCUGUCUGAGGAGGACCUGGUCCACACCAUUGGGGAGAGUGCCGCGCUUGGAGCCGCUGGGGUGGUGCUCUGGGGUGAUUCUUAUUUUGCCAAAUCACAGGCCACCUGCAUCGCCAUCAAGAGCAACCUGGAAGGCACCUUGGGCCGCUACCUGGUCAACGUGACGAGUGCCGCUGCACUUUGCAGCGAGGCUGUGUGCUCUGCCCGGGGCCGGUGUCGGAGGCGAGACACCUUCUCUGGAGCGUACCUCCACCUGGACCCGGGGAGCUGGACCAUGGUCCGGACAGUGGGGCCACACGGGGCCCGCUGGCACACCCUGAGAACGCGGCAGGGUAACGGCUACGUCCGCGACAUGCUGGCGGACUUCGACUGCCUGUGUUUCCCGGGAUGGGGAGGGCCGCGGUGUACAGAAAAGAGGUCGUAGGUCACGAGUGUCCAACAGAUGGAGCUGUGCAAGGAGCCACAAGUCCCAUUGCUUCCACUGUAAGAAUAAAAUUGUGACUGAGCUAAGCUGAAGGGAAACAAAGGCAGCCUGUCUGAGCUUGCUACGAUCUGCAGCAGACACAAGUGAAUCGAGGGAUGUGGGGGUGGGGGGUGAGAAAAGGGGGAGCACAAGUGGAGACCUAGAAACCUGGAAAAUGCUAUGGAUGUUCUAGUAACAAAAUCUACUGCUGCACGCAGACAGUAAAGCAAAGCUGAGAGCACUUUGAGAAAUUUUAAUUUGAGUUUAAUUUGGAAUUUACUGCCUGUAUCCUUUUAGUGGCACUGCAUGAUACUUCCGUAUCUGUGAACUUCAAAUCUUUGACUACAUCCGGUGCUUCCCCCAAGAUAUACUACAAAUUUAAAGGGCCGGUUUCUGUUUUGAGGAAAACUCUUCAAAGGUUUCCCUAAAGUAUGUAUUAAGGAAAGCAUUAAGAAAAAAUACUAUACUAUGGAACUGACAGAAGUAUAUAGGCCUAAUUACAAAUACCUGUUGUAUACAUGCUUUCAUUGUCAACUGUUAUGAUACUAAGAGUAUUAUCUUUUGGUAGAAAAUUUUACGUGUCUGUACUUAUUCUGUGUGUACAAGUUACAUAAAAAUACAAACGGCUGUGGUCAUUAUCAAA